UGGAAACUUCAUCAUGAACAUGUAUUGUUAUUAUUACAUGUUUUUGUAAAGUUUAUACCUUUAGAUAUCCUUUAUCCUGUUAACAACGAUGUGAAUAAUCAAAAUCGAGUGCCUAGGAAACUUUGUAGUGUUAAAUACAGCUAAAAUGAAAGUGGUUGAAGCAAAAAUAGUGGUACUAGGAUCACAAGGUGUCGGCAAAACAAGCCUUGUGGUCCGCUACAUAGGAAAAAUGUUCUCCAAACACAUCUCGCCCACCAUUGGAGCAUCAUUCUUCACAUGCAACAUAAACGUUGACGGAGCCAGAGUAAAACUACAGGUAUGGGACACAGCAGGGCAGGAGCGAUUCCGCUCAAUGGCGCCCAUGUACUACCGUAACGCUAACGCAGCGCUACUAGUCUACGAUAUCACUAGCGUUGGCAGUUUCACUGCGAUUAAAACAUGGGUCAAAGAGCUACAAAGCAAUGUGCCAGAACCAAUGGCGUUAGCGCUUGUGGGCAACAAAUGCGACUUGCACGAGUCCCGCGCGGUCCCGUACUCCGAAGCCAAGCAGUACGCGGCCGCAAUCGGGGCGCAGUAUUGUGAGACCUCGGCCCUGCACGACCAGGGCAUCGACCAAGUAUUCCUGAGCACGGCCACAGCGCUACUGCAAAUGUCGACCACAACCUUGAGCGCUUCGCUACGCUCUUACGACUCGGCAGAGGGCGACACCGACAGGGUACCCACAGGGGACCCCACAGAAGAUCCGGCGACACACACGGGCAAAGUGGAGCUCCCAGCUUGGAGCAUCGACAGCAUCGCCCACGGGGAACCCGCGAGGAGCAUGUGUUGUUAGCACCGAGCACGAGCGAGAUGCAUAGAAAGUUGCGUUUCCGAUAGCGUUUAUGUCAGUGCCAAACUGGUGGUAGCCACACUGAAGUAUAGUGCACUACUUAAAAUGCAACGAAAUACCUACGUUACCUUAUUGACACUAUCUUGCCUUUUAGCCUCAAUGCCAUGUCCCGCCAAAGUGAGUGGCGCUGAAAGAGGUGUUUAGUACCUAAUUAUGAUAAAAUUAUAUACAAAAAUAUGUUUAAUAAUUGUGUUCAGAGUAUAAUAAAAGAAUAUUAUAACGUUGUUAAAUAAUUAAGGUAGUUAUAAAUAAUUAUAAACGUAUUUUAAUCUCAAUUUGACAGAUAGUUAAUGUGUGAGGGCUAUAUGGGACCAAUUUUCAAGUGUUGUUAAAUGCUUACCUAGAAACUAAGACGGAACAUUUAAAAUAUUGUUCAAUUAGAUAAAAUAAACCUUAGACAUCGGUUACACGCUAAUUCUGGCGUCAGUUCCGUCCAUCAUUCCAUUCGAGUUUUGACUGAUGCCAGAAUGAUGGUUAAUGGACACGGUUAGACGAUCAGUCCAGACUGACAACAGACUGAUAAAAUUACGACAAUAGGCUACAUUCCUACUAGUCAAAUCAGCUUCUUUUUUAGAACUGUCAAAACGAUUUUUUAGUAUGGAAUUUAUAUGAAAACAUAAAGUGACGUCACGGUAAACUCACCUACUUUUUAUAUUUCAAUCCGAUUUAUUAAAUACAAAUUGUGUUUAAAAAUAGCUGCUAUCUAUGUUUUUCUAAUAAUUAUCUGGUGCUUUAUUUCGUGCACGGUUUGAAAUAAUUUGUUUUAAGUACAGGAAACAUCCCUAUAGACAUCGGUUACACGCUAAUUCUGGCGUCAGUUCCGUCCAUCAUUCCAUUGUUGCAUGGACGGUGACUGACGCGAGAAUGACACAAAGAGGUUACACGAUCAGUCUCCUAUCAGUUUUCUGUCAUUCAAAACGGACUGACGAAUAUUAUCAAAACAUUUAAAUUUUCAUCAGUCCAUCAGUCCGCGUGUUACACGAUAAUUCUCCCAUCAUUCUGACCAGUAUAAUGGACACUGACGCCAGAAUUUAGCGUGUAACCGAUGUCUUACUUCUUACUUCCGUUGGCGCUACAACCCUUUGUGGAUCUUGGCCUCCUCCACAAUCUUCCUCCAGUUGUUGCGGUGCCUGGCGACCUUCUUCCAGUUGGUAAACUUUCCCAUCUUCCUAAGAUCUUCUUCUACACAAUCUAUCCAACACUCUUAGGCCUGCCUUUCGGUCUUUUUUGUUGCGGAGAUAAAAUAAUCCACUUGAGCUUUUUACAUGGUUUAAUAAUAUACUCCGCCUGGUACUCUCUUCCCGUCUUUUCUAGGUCACCUAACUGACACAAGCCUACGUCAUCAUGCGACAGCGCUAUAUGAUAAUAUGCGAUAGCGCUAUAUAUAGCGGCCAUGUUAUUGUGACGUUGGCCUGUGUCACUCUGGGAAGAGAAGACCAUGUUUUAUUAGACUAUGGGCUUUUUAUAUGUCCUUUCAUAG